GCUGAGGGGAAGGCGGGUCCUCGUCGGGGAGAUAGGUGAGGGGGGGGGGGAGGGGAGAGAGGAGAGCCGGAGCGGUGGAGUUGGUACUGGGAAACCCGGGGCUGAUGUUGACAACAGGCGAGAGAUUGUCCUGGAUAACAUAAUGCCAGCUGAGCGUAAAAAGCCAGCAAGUAUGGAAGAGAAAGAAUCUUUAUUAAAUAACAAAGAAAAGGAGUGCAGUGAAAGGCGCCCAGUAAAUAGCAGAGAAAAAACAAAAGAUGAUGUCAAACUUAGCACCAAGAGAGAGGUAGUUAAAGUGCCUGAGGAUAAGAAGAAAAAAUUGGAGGAAGACAAACGAAAAAAAGAGGACAAGGAGCGGAAGAAAAAAGAGGAAGAGAAGGUGAAAGCUGAGGAAGAAUUAAAAAGACGAGAAGAGGAAGAAAAGAAGAAGCUCGAAGAGGAAGAGAGAAAGAAGCAAGAAGAGCAGGUGAAACGUCAGCAAGAAGAAGCAGCUGCUCAACUGAAAGAGAAAGAAGAAUCUCAUCAGCUUCAUCAGGAAGCAUGGGAACGACAUCAAGCAAGGAAGGAACUAAGAAGCAGAAACCAAAAUGCACCAGACAACCGACCAGAAGAAAAUUUCUUUAGCAGAUUGGACUCAAGUUUGAAGAAAAAUACAGCUUUUGUCAAGAAAUUGAAAACUAUUACGGAGCAACAGAGAGACUCCUUGUCCCAUGAUUUUAAUGGCCUCAAUUUAAGCAAAUACAUUGCAGAAGCUGUUGCUUCUAUUGUGGAAGCUAAGCUGAAAAUUUCUGAUGUGAACUGUGCUGUGCACUUGUGCUCUCUCUUUCAUCAGCGCUAUGCUGACUUUGCCCCAUCUCUGCUUCAGGUUUGGAAAAAACAUUUUGAAGCAAGAAAAGAGGAGAAGACUCCUAACAUUACCAAACUAAGAACUGACUUGCGUUUCAUUGCAGAAUUGACCAUAGUGGGGAUUUUCACUGACAAAGAAGGUCUGUCCUUAAUCUAUGAACAACUGAAAAACAUUAUUAAUGCUGAUCGUGAAUCCCACACUCAUGUGUCAGUGGUGAUUAGCUUUUGCCGGCAUUGUGGGGAUGAUAUUGCUGGAUUGGUACCAAGGAAAGUGAAAGGUGCUGCAGAGAAGUUUAACUUGAGUUUUCCUCCUAGUGAAAUAAUCAGCCCAGAGAAGCAACAGCCUUUCCAGAACCUGUUAAAAGAAUACUUUACGUCUUUGACCAAACACCUGAAAAGGGACCACAGGGAGCUACAGAAUAUUGAGAGACAAAACAGACGCAUUCUACAUUCUAAAGGGGAGCUGAGUGAAGAUCGACAUAAGCAGUAUGAGGAAUUUGCUAUGUCUUAUCAGAAAUUACUGGCAAAUUCUCAGUCCUUAGCAGACCUCUUGGAUGAAAAUAUGCCUGAUCUUCCUCAGGACAAACCAACACCAGAGGAGCACGGCCCUGGAAUCGAUAUCUUUACACCUGGUAAACCUGGAGAAUAUGACUUAGAAGGUGGUAUAUGGGAGGAUGAAGAUGCUCGAAAUUUUUAUGAGAAUCUUAUUGAUUUGAAGGCUUUUGUUCCAGCCAUUUUGUUUAAAGACAAUGAAAGAACAUAUCAGAGCAAAGACUCUAAUAAAGAAGAUUCCAAAGAGUCAAAGGAACCUAAGGAUAAUAAAGAUGUGUCAAAUACAGAUGAUUUGGAACUUGAGUUGGAGAACCUGGAAAUUAAUGAUGAUACUUUGGAAUUAGAGGGUGGUGAUGAAGCAGAAGACCUUACAAAGAAACUUCUUGAUGAACAAGAACAAGAAGAUGAGGAAGCCAGUACUGGGUCUCAUCUAAAGCUUAUAGUAGAUGCUUUCCUACAACAGUUGCCGAACUGUGUCAAUCGAGAUCUCAUAGACAAGGCAGCAAUGGAUUUUUGCAUGAAUAUGAACACAAAAGCAAAUAGAAGGAAGUUGGUACGAGCACUCUUCAUAGUUCCUAGACAAAGAUUGGAUUUAUUACCAUUUUAUGCAAGAUUGGUUGCUACAUUACAUCCUUGUAUGUCAGAUGUUGCUGAGGAUCUUUGUUCAAUGCUGAAGGGAGAUUUCAGAUUUCAUGUACGAAAAAAGGACCAGAUUAAUAUUGAAACAAAGAACAAAACUGUUCGAUUUAUUGGAGAGCUAACAAAGUUUAAAAUGUUCACUAAGAAUGAUACACUGCAUUGUUUAAAGAUGCUUCUGUCAGACUUUUCCCACCACCAUAUUGAGAUGGCAUGUACCCUGUUGGAAACUUGUGGAAGGUUUCUUUUCAGAUCUCCUGAGUCUCACCUGAGAACCAGUGUUCUUUUGGAACAAAUGAUGAGAAAGAAACAAGCAAUGCAUCUUGAUGCAAGAUAUGUCACAAUGGUUGAGAAUGCAUAUUAUUACUGCAACCCCCCUCCAGCAGAAAAAACUGUGAAGAAGAAGCGCCCUCCUCUCCAGGAAUACAUCCGUAAACUCCUUUACAAGGACCUCUCCAAGGUUACAACUGAGAAGGUACUAAGACAGAUGCGAAAACUGCCUUGGCAGGAUCCAGAAGUGAAAGACUAUGUUAUUUGUUGUAUGAUAAACAUCUGGAAUGUGAAAUAUAAUAGCAUUCAUUGUGUGGCCAACCUCUUAGCAGGAUUAGUACUUUACCAGGAAGAUGUUGGAAUUCACGUUGUGGAUGGAGUAUUAGAAGAUAUUCGACUAGGAAUGGAGGUUAACCAGCCUAAGUUUAACCAGAGACGGAUCAGCAGUGCCAAAUUCUUGGGGGAACUUUAUAAUUACCGAAUGGUGGAAUCAGCAGUUAUUUUUAGAACUCUCUAUUCUUUUACAUCAUUUGGUGUUAAUCCUGAUGGUACUCCAAGUCCACUGGACCCUCCUGAACAUCUCUUCAGAAUUAGGCUAGUAUGCACUAUUCUGGAUACCUGUGGUCAGUACUUUGACAGAGGCUCCAGCAAACGAAAACUCGAUUGUUUCCUCGUUUAUUUUCAGCGAUAUGUUUGGUGGAAGAAAAAUUUGGACGUUUGGACAAAAGACCAUCCUUUUCCUAUUGACAUAGACUAUAUGAUCAGUGAUACAUUAGAGCUGUUAAGACCAAAGAUCAAACUUUGUAAUUCUCUGGAAGAGUCCAUCAGGCAAGUACAAGACUUGGAACGAGAAUUCUUAAUAAAACUAGGCCUUAUGAAUGACAAAGAUUCAAAAGAUUCCAUGACAGAAGGAGAAAACCUUGAAGAAGAUGAGGAGGAGGAAGAAGGAGGAGCUGAGACAGAAGAACAAUCUGGAAAUGAAAGUGAAGUAAAUGAACCAGAGGAAGAGGAGGGUUCUGACAAUGAUGAUGAUGAUGGAGAGGAAGAAGAGGAGGAGAAUACAGAUUACCUUACAGAUUCCAAUAAGGAAAAUGAAACUGAUGAAGAGAACACUGAGGUAAUGAUUAAAGGAGGUGGACUAAAGCAUGUCCCAUGUGCAGAGGAUGAGGAUUUCAUUCAGGCUCUGGAUAAAAUGAUGCUGGAAAAUCUUCAGCAACGAAGUGGUGAAUCUGUUAAAGUACACCAAUUGGAUGUCGCUAUUCCACUGCACCUCAAAAGCCAGCUGAGGAAGGGCCCACCGCUGGGCGGUGGAGAAGGAGAGACCGAGGCAGGUGACACGAUGCCAUUUGUCAUGUUAACUAGAAAAGGCAACAAGCAGCAGUUUAAGAUCCUUAAUGUACCAAUGUCGUCCCAACUUGCUGCAAAUCAUUGGAACCAGCAACAGGCAGAGCAAGAGGAGAGAAUGAGAAUGAAAAAGCUCACACUGGAUAUCAACGAGCGUCAGGAACAAGAAGAUUAUCAAGAGAUGUUGCAGUCUCUCGCACAACGUCCAGCUCCAGCAAACACCAAUCGUGAGCGAAGGCCCCGUUACCAGCAUCCAAAGGGAGCACCUAAUGCAGAUCUAAUCUUUAAGACUGGUGGGAGGAGACGUUGAUCCAGCAGCAAGUGUCAUUUCAUUAGGUCCUGUAUCUCUGAUGUUGUGGAUAGUGGAGUCCUCCAGCAGUUGAAUGAGAGCAGUGGACACAUCUCAGCAUGUCGGGCUAGAGAGUUGCGAAUCUAAACCUGGGGCAGGCUGGGGCCAUGAGGCAGAAACACCAGCCUCCACUAACACCGGAACAAGCUGAAGCUUCCAGUUAUGGCAUAAAAGGCCUUUUGUUAUGGGAACCACGCGAGGGUUAAUCUUCUCAUGAGAAUGGAGGUAAAGAAAUGAGAUGGUUAACUUUACUACUGAGCAGUUACACCAAGAACAACUGUCAAUGAGAUGGAUUGUGCCGGAGCAGAAAAGGUUUUGAUGGUAACAGUAUGGGGGAUAAAGAACUUAAGUUUUAAACUUGAUGUGAGUUACAUUGUCUCUGAAUUGAACAUCCUGUGUUGGAAGAAGAUACAUUUGGGGGCUCCAAGACUACAGUAGAAAAGUAUAGAGCAAGCAGUAAAAUCUUCUAGUCAAACCUUACAUGCAGGACAACAAAAUGAUGAAAGAUAUCCAAACACCAGAUACUCCACCAGGAAGGCUUUCAUUUUAGAAUUUGUUUGAAGGAGCAAAGGAUGGGAGAGAGAAAUCAAUUUUAUCCGUCAGAGCCAGUGAGAUAAAAUUGUCUAUUAAGAUAAAAGAAAAAAAAACACAAAGACUAUUACUAUACAGAGAAUGUUGAUCCAGAUCACUUAGAAACAGUCUGAUACCAGCUUAAGAACAGGGAUAAAGUCAAGCCCAUUGUAAGUAUCAUUGAAAACCAAAAUGUGCCAGUCAGCAUGUCAUAGCAUAUGACCAAAGGGCAACAGGAAAUGGAUCAGAAAAUGUUGUUGGCCUUCAUGGGUUUACAGCCUCUGUCUCUGAACAAAGUAUGAGCAAAGCUUUUAUUUUGCUUCUCCCCUCCCCCCCCCUUCCCUCACCCCCCCCCCUCCCCCGUCCCCCAAAGUAGAAAGGAGAUUCCUUGGUCCGUUUCUGACAAUCUGUUGUUUAUUAGGAUAGUUGUGUCUUUUGUUUGCUUUCUAGUAGGCAUAGUCCAUUUAGUUAAAGAGUACAUCUAUAUGCUACUACUUGAUUAAAUCUUUUUUUUUCUAGCCAUUUUCUUUUUUUUUCUUUUACCACUGUUUUCAGUUUCUGCAUGUAGAAUUAAAUAAGAAACAAAACUUGUAAAGUUGUAACAUUUCACAUGGAAAUGCUGCCCGAUCUUCACCAGCUUCAAAAAUUUGACCUUUGCCGAUGCUGCAAUAAAGUGUUGUAAUUUAGAUUUGCUGUGUAUUUCUUUUUUUUUUUUAAUUAACCCAAUAAAUGAUAAAAAUCAUUAUCUACUGGGACCAACUUUGUGCUUUGUGAGGUGUAUAUCCUCUUCCUUCGAGAUAUAUGCCUCAUUUCACUUCCCUAGAUGUUGCCAUAUUUGUUUUCUUAAGUGCCUAAAUUAGGGUUUUGAGUGCACCACCUUUAUCCAAGUGACACAAGUGAUGAAAGUCACCUGUAGGUAUUGGGUAUGCAUCAGCAAUGAAAGUAAAGAUAGCCUAUUUGAGGUGGGUGGCUCAAAAGAAAGAGUGAUAUGUGUAGAUCAAUUUCUUUCUCUUCGGCUGGUCCCAAAGGCUAAUUUAGACAACUCUAAAGGAAGUAGUGACAUCACUGUCAUUAGAAUUUUAAAACUUCAGUCCUUUUCAGAAGAUCUUAGAAACAUAGACUUUCAGAAUUUGAAAGGAAUCAGCUUUCCCUCUUUUCCAAAUAUGUUUGAAAAUAGAAUGUAGGCUCAGAUAUGUGACAUCUCUAUCUUUGUAAGGUAAUCUUUUAUGUGUUAUAGCUUCCUCAGUGCUGAACUUUUUAUAUAUUUCUACUGAAUUAUUUUGAGAAGUUUAGGCAUAUACUAUUUUUUGUAUUACUUAACUUGGUCUUGCCAUAUCUUCAAGCUAUUGUCCUAUAUUUCCUCCUUUUUACCACUAAACUAGAAAAUGUCAUGUGUUUUUGCAAUGUCUGUUUUCUUCUAACCUAAUUAUUUCUAACUCUUUGCAAUCUGUCUUCUCAUCCCACCCAUCAGCAGAAACUGCACUUUCUAAGGUUACCUGUAACCUCUUUAACUGCUAAAUGCUCUGUUCUCCGUUUUUAUUCUUACUCUGCAUUUUUUUAUGUUGUCAGCCACUUGGUGAAUAUUUCUUUCUCUGUCAUUUCUCUUCUGAAUCUUCUAAUACCUGUUGGACCUCUCCUUUGAAGGAUAAUCACCCAUCUCUUGCCCAUCUAAUUCUGGGUGUUUCCCAAGGCUAUCUUCUUUCUCUUCACCCUCUCCCUUUGUAAAUCUCUUUAGAUCCCAUGGGUACUGUUGUCUCUACAAAAAUUCCCAAUAUCUAUGUCCAGUCCUAAACUCUCUCCUGAACUCUACAUUGGACACACAUUUGACAGCUACCUGUUGGGCAUCUCCACCUGGAUAUCCCAUCAACAUCUCAAGAUGUUCAUAAUAGAAUUUAUCUUUAUUCCUUACCCUAACUAUCUUCUAAAGUACUCCAUUUGUAUUGAACAUACCAUUGGCCUUCCAGUCAUACAGCUUCACAAACUUUUAGGGCAGUGAUUCUUAUUUUUCUCUCACAUCAAUCCAUUGCCAAGUCUUGGUGAUUCAACCCUUUCUCAGAUCCAUCAUCUUCUCAUCUGCACUUUAGAUCGGGGCCCUCACCCACCUUUUGCCUGGACUAUCCAAAUAGCCUCCUACUUUGUCUCUCAGCUUCCAGCCUUUUCCUUCUUAAAAUCAUCUUCUACACAUCUCCUCAAAAAUCUGUAGUGGCUCUUCAUUACCUCUAGCAUAAAAUAAGAACUUCUUGGUCUCAUAUUGGUCUCAUUCUAGGAGCAGACGACUUUUCCUGACAUUUUGCAUCACUGCCUUUCACCUCCUCUACAUUCCAGCCACACUGGUCUACUUUCUCCUUUCCAAAUGAACUUAUUUCAUCUUGAACCUCUGAGCAUUUACACAGGUGACAUCUCCUCCAUGGCCUAUUUGGGAUGAAGUCUGUCCUCACCUCCACCUCUUAGAAUCCUUCCUUUCCUUUCAAGCCUCAGCUCAGGUACUUAACUUCUAAUAAAACCUUGCCUUGUCCCCCUAGUAGUGCAGUCUCUUUAAUUUUAUCUUGUGUUUACUUUUAUAUUUAUAUAUAUAUAUAUAUUUUUCUAUAUAUAUAUAUGUACAUAUAUAUGUUUUCCCAAUAAAAUGUAAGCUCCUUGAGGGCAGGGACUAUUUCUUUUUUCCUUUGUGGUAAUUUGGUAAAUGUUUAUUGAAUUUAGUUGAAUUUUAGGUUUGAUGAUCCCUAGUUUAUAGGUAGAAAAUUGUGAUUUCUUGCCUCCAAUUUCCUUCUCAGAUGAUCCACAAAGCAUAGUAUAUUAAUUGGUUUUGUUAAAUAGCAGCCAUGCCAAAAGAAAGAAUUUAUUAUUUUUUUGUAGCCUGAGGCCCAUAAUAAGUGUGCAAAAUAAGAUCCUACAUAGCAUUAAUACUUGGUCCCAUUUGAGCACUUCGUAGUCUUUAAAAUACCUUCACAGAAAGUAUUUUUUCAUUUGACUUGAUGGGUUUGUGAGGUUUGGUCAGGAAGGUCAUAUGCUUCCCCCUUUUACAGAUAAGAAUACCAUCGUCUGUCAGUGUUGUGACUUGUGGUAAGUGGGGGGAGCCGGAACCAGAAUUGUACAUACUUCCUUUGAGAAACAAAUAACAAGACAAGUAAAAAAAUAAGAAAUAAAGGCAAGAGAAUGCAUGAUAAUUUAUUGGGUGUAUUGUGCAUCACCUAGUAAGUAAAUAACAUUUGUAGUUAUUUCAUCCUUCAGUUUUAGAGUUACCUUUGUAAGCACACUGAAUAAAAUAUUGGU